UCAUAUGACUGAGAUACCCAUCAUGGAUCCACGUUACAGUGCCCAAGUCAUUCUCCUCUGCGACGUGUGUCAAACGGCUGCAUUACAGAGUCAUUGUGAACUUUGUCAUGAAAACCUCUGUAUGACCUGUGCUGAGAAACAUCUCUCUGAUUCAUCCAAACGACACAAUGUUGUACCAUACAAACACCGAACUUCUGCUCCUAAAUACCCAAAAUGUCCACAUCACAGCCGCAAAUAUUGUGAACUUUACUGUGAGAAAUGUGACAUUCCUGUCUGUUCUACCUGCAUCUCCUCUGGUAAACAUAAAAAACACCAUUUAUCAAAUGCUUUGCAAAAACUAAAUUCUAAAAGAAAAGAUUUAGAAAAAGAGUUGAAAGAACUAGAAGAAACAGUUUAUCCUGCAUACGAAGAACUUGCAUUAGAUUUAAACUCUGAAAAAUUAAACUUGGAAAUGCAUUAUGAGAAACUGAUGACAGCUGUCGAAAAAAGAGGAGAAGAAUGGCACAGAGAAAUUGACAUCAUUAUCAACAGUCAAAAAUCUGAAAUUGAUGACAUGAAAACUAAACACCUGGUUGCUUUAAUUAAACAGGAAAAAGAAGUAAAACAAAUUACUUCUGCUGUAAACCAGAGUGUUCUUAAUCUAAAGAAAAUACUGAAAUCCAAUGAAGUCUCCCUAACAUCUAUGUACAGAUCCAAAAAUGUUGAAUUCAGACGUUUACCCCCUAGAGUAAAAGUUUCAUUACCGAAUUUCUCUGCUCGCCAAAUAAACAGAGAACAGCUCCAUCAAAUGUUUGGUUCCCUGUCAGCAUUAUCCAUUACAACAGAAGAUCAUGGUCACACAAUUGAGGCUCCAGAGGCUGUACCCUUUCCUCCAGUCAAAACACUGCUUGAUGAACCAGAGUUCAUCACUAUAGACACUGAGUAUGAGAAUUUAUUCAAUGUAACUUGUCUUAGUAAUAAAAAAAUCUGGACACGAGGAGAUGAUAAGAUCAUCAGACUCUACAAUCUCCAAGGUAAACUACUGAAUUCAAUCCAAACAAAGUCAGGUAACUAUCCAGCUGACAUAGCAGUGACAAGGAGUGGAAAGCUAGUUUACUCUGACUUUCAAGAAAGGACUGUAAACAUAGUAAAGAAUGAAAAAAAGAAUGAAAAGAUACAGGAAAUGAUUCGAUUACAGAGGUGGAAACCUUACGGUGUAUGCAGUACCUCUUCUGGUGACCUCCUUGUUACCAUGAUCAGUGAUGAUGAAAAACAAUCAAAAGUUGUCCGUUAUUCUGACUCCACAGAGAAACAGACCAUUCAAUUUGAUAGUGAAGGUAAACCUCUGUAUUCAUCUAAUAACAUGAAACACAUUUGUGAGAACAGGAACCUGGAUAUCUGUGUGUCUGACUUCGGUGCCUUUGCCGUAGUAGUGGCUAAUCAAGCAGGAAAAUUCCGAUUUAGAUACACUGGUCAUCCCUUUUCUACCACAGAACCAUUCUAUCCACAAGGCAUCACAACAGACAGCCAGAGUCAGAUCCUGGUAGCAGACUAUCUCAACAACCGUAUCCAAAUCCUAAAUCAGGAUGGACAGUUUGUCCGUUACGUUGAUAACUGUGAUCUACAUCUUCCAUGUGGUUUAUGUGUAGACACCAGAGACAACCUCUUUGUGACUGAGUAUGACGAUGAAAACGGUAAAAUGAAGAAAAUCAAAUACAUGUUAGAGAUCUAAUAACCAAUUAUGAAUAAAUAUCAUUAAGUUUGUUUUAUCUUCAAUACCGACCAGAUUUUAUAUACGAUAUAAUUUUGUUUAA